GCGUCAGCCUCCUGUGUGAACCAGGCGUAAGAAUAUAGACUACAUCUACAGAAAGGGGCAGAGCCACCUCUGUAGUAAGAUGCUGCAGAUGUUUUAUCAGUCUGUGGUGGCAAGUGUGCUGUUCUAUGCUGCAGUCUGCUGGGGAGGAAGCAUCAAACACAAAGAUGCAAGAUGUCUUAACAAACUGGUGAAAAAGGCUGGCUCUGUGGUAGGACUCAAGCUGGGCUCAGUGGAGGAUGUGGUGGAGAGAUCUACACUGAGAAAGGUGGAGACUAUUCUCAAGAACAUGGAUCACCCACUUCACAACACCUUGAUGGACCAAAGGGGAAAUGGUGGUGGACGGCUCCUCUCUCUUCGCUGCAGGACAGAAAGAUUUAGAAGAUCUUUUGUACCAACAGCCAUCAGGCUUUAUAACUCCUAUGUAAAUAAUAGAUAACUUUAAUAGACAUAUUACGUGAGACACCAGACAAUUGAAUUUCCCUUCGGGGAUCAAUAAGUUCUUCUUAUUCUUAUUCUUCUUAUGUCUGGAACACCUCUAACGGGAGGCGUCCAGAAGGCGUCUUAACCAGAUGCCCAAGCCACCUUUGCUGACUCCUCUCGACGUGGAGGAGCAGUGGUUCUACUCUGAGCGCCUCCCGAGUGUCCGAGCUCCUUACCCUAUCUCUAAGGCUGAGCCCAGCCACCCUGCGAAGGAAAUCCAUUUCAGCCACUUGUAUCCGUGAUCUUGUUCUUUCGGUCAUUACCCAAAGUUCAUGGCCAUGGGUGAGGAUCGGCACGUAGAUCAACCGGUAAAUCGAGAGUCCCGCCUUAUGGCUCAGCUCUUUCUUCACCACGACUGAUCGGUUAAGUGUCCGCAUCACUGCUGACGCCGCUCCGAUCUGCCUGUCGAUCUCCCAUUCCAUCCUACCCUCACUCGUGAACAAGAUCCUGAGAUAUUUGAACUCCUCUACUUGAGGCAGGACCGCCCCUCCGACCCGGAGAAGUCAAUCUACCUUUUUCCUGACUGAGGACCAUAGCCUCAGACUUCGAGGUGCUGAUUUGCAUCCCAGCCACUUCACACUCGGCCGCGAACCGCCCCAACAAGAGCUGAAGGUCACUGCUCGAUGAAGCUAGAAGAACCACAUCAUCCGCAAAAAGCAGCGACUCAAUGGUAAAAUUGUAUAAAUACACUACAGGCCGGACUUCCGGUUUGCUGAUGGCGGAGUAAGACGCACAGCGGAGUCGCUCUCCCAGGCCUAGUAAAAAUUACUCGCCUAGCAACUUGAAAAACUCAUAAUUAUUUGAGUACGGACACGAUAAAUGGGAGAAGAACCACAAAAGACUGAGGAAAAAAGAAAAAUGCCAAAAGCGCAAGAAAAAAACAACUCAUCGCCGAAUGCUAACAACACCGGGCCAACUCAAGCUAACACCCGUAGUGCAGCAGCAGCAAGCCAGAAAAAUCCCUCAACAGAUUCAGACUCCAGAGAAAUUAUCAGAGUGAUUAAUGCGCUAAAAACUGAUAUGCAGGGGCACAAUGAUUGUCUGAAACAGGAACUCACUCAACUAAGGCAAGAAAUCAACGGGAAACUCAACAGCCUAACAACGGCAGUGCAGAGCCUGUCUGACCACGUUGACGAGGCAGAGUCCCCGCUCUGUACGUAUCUCAAGCAACAACGAUCCCUGCAGCAAAAAUUAACGGACUUGGAAUCCUGGUCAAGAAGGAAUAAUAUGCGCAUCUUCGGAGUGGCAGAGGGGGAGGAGGGGGAUUCGGUGCUAAAAUUUGUGGAGAAAUUCAUUAAAAGUGAGCUACCAGCAUCUCAAAACAUGGAGCUCAAAAUACAGCGGGCCCACCAGACCCUGGCGCCUAGAUCCCGACCCGAUGCUCCCCCGAGACCUAUCGUUGUUAACUUCUUGGAGUUUACCACAAAGGAGCUGAUAUUGAGAGAAGCCUGGAAAAAGAAGAAAAUACAAGUGGGUGAAAGAUUUGUCUACUUCGAUCAUGAUUACGCAUCGGAGAUAGUUAAAAAGCGCAAGGAAUAUAACACAGUUAAAAAAGCCCUAAAGGAAAAGGGUAUUUGCUUCCAGACACCACACACAAGCAUGCAGAUCCACUGGGCCACGGGAGUCCGCACGUACAACACCGCACAGGAGGCACAAAGAGAGCUGAGGAAGCGUGGCUUCCCCGUGGAAGAACCGGAGCCAACUGAGGGAGAGAGCCCCGCGGAGACACGGCUUCUAGAGCUGAUGGGAUGGCAGCAGGCAGCCGGGUGUCGGGAGAAGGGGUCUGCCGCGGCCCGGAGGGUGAGGGAAAAACUCUGCGAGUUUCAGAGAGGACACACCAAGGAUUCAUAAUCACGGAAUUAACCUGCAUUACCCAUAUGAAAACUUUAAACUCGAGACAGACACGUGAGUGGUUCUUUUCCCCUUUUUUUUUUCUAAGCUCUACACAGAGCAUCAACACCUGAGAGAGGCGACUUCGUUUUCUAUAAUGUAAAAGUUGGACUAAUAGGAUGGUAGAGACAGUUUUGGACUCAUUAGCCACCCUUAACGCUGGGCCCUCUCGAAGUGAGAGGUUGCUCCCUCGACCCACCAACAGGCUCGCAGAUGAUGGGGAGGGAGACACCCCCUCAUCCCUGGAGGUCGGUUCAAGUUCAUGUUUGUUCUUUUUAGUCGAGCUCGUUCUCAAGAGUUUGUUUUGUGGGGGCGCUUGCUUGCUUUAAAGAAAAUAUAUGCUUGGGUCACACAGUCUGAAAUGUGCCUCUUUAAAUGUGAAUGGCCUGAGUAAUCCUGUAAAGAGGAGUAAGGUAUUGUCUGAAAUGAAAAAGGAUAAGGUUCAAAUUAUAUUUCUUCAAGAAACUCAUAUGUCUAAAAACGAACAUGAGAAGUUGAAAAAGUUUGGAUAUUUAAACUCAUUUUUUAGUUCAUGCGAGACCAGCCAUAAAAGAGGUGUUGCUACUCUGAUAUCCAACAAUCUUAAUUUUGAACUAAUGAAGGAAAAGAGUGAUGGGCAGGGUAGAUAUAUAAUUGUUAAAGGAAGGAUUGAUAACAGUUAAAUCCCAAAUUCUCACCUCACCAUCUCCAUACCUGACUCCCCUGUCACUCAAGGCCAAACCACACCCCCAACACCAUAAAAGCCAGCCCUGAGGCCUGCUCUCCCUUUUGCACCCUGACCGAGAUCAGCACAGAACAAAGGGAGUCUGAAUGUGAGUUGGAAACGGACAAAGCCUUACAAAAUGUUGUUGGAUUCUCCUUAUUUGUAUUAUUUCUAAUAUGGUUUAUUCUCAAAUAUUAUUUCAUUAGAUUCCUGUCACACUAAACGCAUAUGUAAUGAGUUAAAGCCCUGAAGUGGAUGCAUCUAUGACGUAAGAUUAGUUAACAAAUUUACAAAUUCAUUUGACUUUAUCAGUCCCCCUUUUUUUAAAUAUUUUAUGUUGAUACAUCUUGUUUCUAUUCCUUUGAUUGUCUGAACAGAAAAAAUCAUCCACUGAAGACGAGCGAAAUAAACCGUCUAGCUGAAUCCUGGAUCCUGUGUUGUAAUGUUCACUUAAUAUAGGAUGUUCGAUGAGCAAGCAUCAGCGUCAUCAUAAUCUUUUACAAUAACACUCUUGUCACAUUCGCUAAUAUAUAUGCCCCCCCAGAGAACAACAGAAAAUUCUUUAAGUCUCUAUUUCACAUAUUAUCCUCUGAAAGUGAGGGGAUACUAGUCUGUGCAGGGGACUGGAACACAGUCCUGAACCACUCCAUAGACACAACAAGUAUAAAGAGAUCUAAAUGUCUUAAGUCAAGGGAUCUUAACUUGCUAAUUCGAGAAACAGGUAUGUUUGAUGUCUGGAGGAACCUUCAUUCAUCUGAAAAAGAUUAUAGUCAUUACUCAGGUACUCAUCAUGUUCAUUUCAGAAUAGACUUCUUUUUGAUGAAUGUUAUUGAUAGGCACAGGGUGAAGGAGUGCUCCAUAGGAACAGCGGAUCUAUCGGACCAUAAUGCAAUCUAUUUGACUAUACAUCUAAAUGACAGACAGAAGUGUACAUUGUGGAGAUUAAAUAUCAGUGUCCUAAACAAGGAAGCCAUUGUUAAGGAGAUUAAAGGAGAAAUUAUGGAAUGCAUAAAAGAUAAUAUGACUGAUGAAGUGGACCCAACCAUUGUAUGGGACACAGUUAAAGCAGUAAUGAGGGGGAAACUCAUUUCAAGAACAGCUUUUCUAAAAAGGUUGAAGAGGUCAAAUUAUGAUGAACUAGAGAAAACACUGAGAGAAUUAGAGAAGCAACAAUCAAAAGAAGGGGACCAAGAGCUGAAAAAACAAAUUAAGGAAAUAAAAGAUCAAGUAAAUAACAUUCUGAACGAUGAAUUGGAAAAGAAAAUGAGAUUUAUUAAACAAAGCUUCUACGAAUCAGGCUCAAAAGCGACAAAAAUUCUAGCCAAACAUCUUAGGGCUCAACAAAUUAAAAAUACAUUACAUAAAAUUAGAGACCCUACAACUAAUAAAAUAACCUAUGAGCCGGAUGUUACCCACAAAAUAUUCCAAAAUUAUUAUGAAGUUCUAUACUCGCAGCCCAA